GUGAUGCUAUACUUCAAAUGGGUACUUCUAUGCCAAGAACAGCCUAUAAUACAUUUUGAAUCAUUGUAUAUGCUUUCUUAAAUGAAAGAAUUAGUGGCUCAGGCUCAGAGUAGUGACCAACACAUUUCACAAAUUUAAAAUUUAUGAAAAUUAAAAGAAAAGCUGAAGAAGAUGCUUAGCACAGAAAUACUUUCUACCGCUCAUCAGUAUUCGAUGUUUGGUUUCUGAAGCUUCCCUUUCCAUUUAUAUUUUAAUAAUCCUUGAAUAAAAGCUAAGCUCCUCAAAAAAUCAACCUAAAUGAAAUAAUAUCAACCGUUCGUAUAAAUAAGUAUAAGGUUUGUUAUAUAUAAUUUAAUUUUAUUAGUCGUCAAAUCGAAAACAGAGGAGAAUAUGGGAAUAUUUUGUGACUCAAACCAGUGGAGAAACAUUAAUCUCUUUAUUCAAGGAUUAUUAAAAUAUAAAUGGAAAGGGAAUAAUUUGCAACUCAAACUGGCACCACCAUCAAUCUUUUGAAAUGAAACUAAUUUAACCAAAUUGUGGAAUCUAAAUUAAUCCAUUAACGGUGAAAAUUAAAUUACAGGAGAGAAGCUUGGAAAUGACACUUAACGAUUGAUACCAGUCGUAAAAUGUGGUUUUUGCAAGCUGGAAAUCUUAUUGCAUGAAUCCGAUACCUUUCUUCUCCAGUUACUUUUUUUCUUUCACGUUUCUGGUACUUAGCUUUUAUUCAACACACUCGUCUAUAUAUACGUUUAGUUUCAUAUCAUAAUUGUAACAUUGUGAUUUCACACUAAUAACAUCUUUCAUUUCAUACUGAAAAUUGUAAAAUGUCAAACGUUCGUCCAUGGUUCCGUCUCGCUAGCAUCGCUAGGCCCACAUCACAAGGCUCAAGCGACCCACCCCCUCCUCCUCCACCUCAACCUCGACAAACCCCUAGCCGUCAGGUUGUAGUCAGACAACCGGCGAAACAGCCGUCACCUCCACGUCAGCAACAACCUCCUUCGCCUCCACGUCAGCAACGACCUCCUUCGCCUCCACGUCAGCCUCCUUCCCCACCACGUCAGCAAACUCCUCCACCUCCACCUACUCAGGAGCGGUUCCCGUAUCAUUCACCGCCGAGCCGCCACAUGUCACCACCGACCCCACCAAAAGUUAAGUCUCCGUCACCGCCACCUCCUCGGUCGUCGUACACACCGCCACCAUCUCCCAAGGAGGUUCAAGAAGCCUUUCCACCGCGAAAACCAACUUCACCACCGAGUCCAGCUCAUUCGACUAGGUCAACAAAAUCUGAACAAGAGAGUUUUCGAAAGGUACCAUCACCGAGACCACUCUCUCCAUACUCUCUCCCACCUCCUCAGUUACAUUCCGAACGCCAAACCACUCAGAAAAACAUUCUCACAUCCGAGAAAACAAGCCAACUCCAAGAACCAAACCAUCAUAAUCAGAGCCAUAACCAUAAUCAUAACCAUCAAGGCAACAACACCAAUAAGACUCAUCAUAAGCAACCUUUGUCUGAUUCCGAAAACAUAAUGGGCACACGAGCCAUCACCAUUGCGGGGCAAAACAAAGGUGCUGUAAUGGAGAUCCUACGAUCUCCUUCAAGCAACAAAACCGGAGGAGCAGGACCACAUUCCUCUAGGGGUUUCCACGGCACUGGAGAGAAGGGACGGCGACUUCAAAGCAGUAGUAGCAGCAGCAGCAGUGAUGAAGGAGAAGGGAAAAAGAAAACUACAAAGAACCCUAAUAAUAAUGCCAAUAAUAAUAAUCUCCCGAUGAAAGCAUUUAUGAACAGUAACGUUCAGAUGAUAAACAACUCUCUUGUUUACAACUCGAUGGCUACUCAUCACGAUCCCGGUGUUCAUCUUAGAAUCUCCCGUAAACCUGCCUCUGGCAAUGGUUUCGACGUGAAGGAUUACGGUAAUAAUGACGGCGGAUACACCAACUGUGAAAAUAAAAUUUAUUUCUGAAAAGGAAAUGAAAACCUAAAAAAAAAACGUUAAGGGUUUUGGGGUUUUAUUGCAAUAUAUUCAGUUUUAUUUUAAAAAAUGAGAAAAAAGAAUAAGAACAAAAUGAGUGGGGUUAGUGGUUUAUGAUUAUUCUCUCUAAGCUUUUUAUAACCUUCUCACUCAUAUUGAGGCUUUGAUCCGUUUAUUGAAACGGAGUAUAUUAUUAUAUAACUUUGUAUC